UGGCUCCUCCUCUGUGGUUUACAGCCAGGCCAGACUGGCCUGCCACCACGAUCAAGCUUACCUUUUGCACAUAAAUGGAUUAAUUUGUUUUUCAAAGAUGUUCCAAGUUUUAUAAAGAGAAAAAUGAGAUCUCUCCUCAACAUGUUUCCACAAUCAGGGAAAUCGAUUGUCUUUGACAACUUUCCAGAUCCAACAGACACUUGGGAAAUUAUCGAGACAAUCGGAAAAGGGACCUACGGAAAAGUCUACAAGGUGCUCAACAAAAUUGAUGGAAGCAAAGCGGCUGUAAAGAUACUGGAUCCAAUUCAUGAUAUCGACGAGGAGAUCGAAGCGGAGUACAACAUCCUCAAAGCGCUCUCUGACCACACCAACGUUGUCAAGUUCUACGGGAUGUAUUACAAGAAGGAUAUAAAAUGUGGAGAUCAGCUGUGGCUUGUCUUGGAGCUCUGCAAUGGUGGCUCUGUGACAGAUCUGGCCAAAGGCAUGCUGAAGAGAGGAGACAGGAUGGAUGAACCCAUCAUUGCCUUCAUCAUACACGAGGCCCUCAUGGGCCUCCAGCACCUGCACAUAAACAAUACCAUCCACCGAGACGUCAAAGGCAAUAACAUCCUGUUGACAACCCAUGGAGGGAUCAAGCUUGUGGAUUUCGGUGUUUCUGCCCAGCUGACAAAUACCCGCCUAAGGAGGAACACCUCUGUGGGAACUCCCUUCUGGAUGGCUCCCGAGGUAAUAGCGUGUGAGCAGCAGCUCGACUCGACCUAUGACGCUCGCUGCGAUGUGUGGUCGCUCGGCAUCACCGCCAUAGAGCUGGGAGAUGGAGACCCACCUCUGUCUGACCUCCACCCAAUGAGAGCCCUUUUCAAAAUACCCAGAAAUCCUGCUCCGACUCUCCACCAGCCCGAGCUCUGGUCAGACGACUUUAAUGACUUCAUCUGCAAAUGUCUUAUUAAGGACUUUGAGCUGAGACCAAAUGUGCUAGACCUGCUGCAGCACGUGUUCAUCAAACAGAUUGUCGGCAGAGAGAAAAUCCUGCAGAAGCAAUUGAUUGAACUCAUUGAUCUCAACCAACAAAUAGGAGCCAUUGAAAAAACAAGCCAUCAUGGAAAGACAGACAGACGCAGAGACAGUAAUGACAGGCAUGAGCGCAUGCACACUAAAAGAGGAAGCCACAUGAAGACGCCGAGUGACCCGGACGAGGUGGACGACCUCGCCACCCUCGAAGUUCUAGAUGAGAACACAGUCACAGAGCAGCUUCAGAGCCGCUAUGGAAGAGAUCAGAUUUACACGUACGUUGGAGACAUCCUCAUCGCGGUCAACCCUUUCCAUAAGAUGGAGAUAUACACUCCUCAGUAUACUAAGAUAUACAUCGGGGCUAAGCGUUCUGCUAACCCUCCACACAUCUUCGCUGUAGCUGAUAUCGCCUACCAGUCCAUGGUGUCGUACAACGCAGACCAGUGUGUUGUGAUCAGUGGAGAAAGUGGAGCUGGGAAAACAGAGAGCGCUCAUCUGCUGGUGCAGCAGCUGACUGUUCUUGGGAAGGCCAAUAACCGGACGCUCCAAGAGAAGAUCCUGCUGGUCAACAGCUUAGUUGAGGCUUUUGGGAACGCCUGCACCGUCAUCAACGACAACUCCAGCCGCUUUGGAAAGUACCUGGAGAUGAAGUUCACCUGUGGAGGAACUGUGGUCGGAGCGCAGAUAUCUGAGUACCUGUUGGAGAAAUCCAGAGUCAUCCACCAAGCUGUAGGGGAGAGGAACUUCCACAUCUUCUAUUACAUUUACGCCGGCCUCGCUGACAGGAAGAAACUCGCCCACUACAAACUCUCCGACAGCAAAACACCUAAGUAUUUGUGUAAUGACCACAUUAAACUUGGACCUGACAUAGUGAGCAACAGCUUCUACAAGGAGCAGUUUGAUGCGGUGGAGCAGUGUUUCAAAGUCAUUGGAUUCACCCUGGAGGAGCUGGGCAGUGUUUACAGCACUCUGGCUGCCAUCCUCAACUCUGGUGAUAUUGAGUUUUCUCCGGUUGCGUCGGAACAUCAAACAGACAAGAGCAUCAUCUCCAACAUUUCUGUCCUGGAGAACGUGGCGUCCCUGCUGUGCAUCCGCUCAGAUGAGCUCCAGGAAGCCCUGACCUCCCACUGUGUUGUGGCCCGAGGGGAGACGAUCGUCAGGCCCAACACGGUGGAGAAGGCAGGGGAGGUGAGGGACGCCAUGGCCAAGGCACUCUACGGCCGCCUCUUCAGCUGGAUCGUGAACCGCAUCAACGCGCUGCUGAGACCCGAGAGCAACCUGGGAGAGGAGGACAAGGGCCUGAACAUCGGCAUCCUGGACAUCUUUGGUUUCGAGAACUUCAAGAAGAACUCCUUCGAGCAGCUCUGCAUCAACAUCGCCAACGAGCAGAUCCAGUUCUACUUCAACCAGCACAUCUUCGCCUGGGAGCAGGAUGAGUACCUGAACGAGGAGGUGGAGGCUCGGAUGAUCGAGUACGAGGACAACCGGCCCCUCCUGGACCUGUUCCUACAGAAACCCAUGGGGAUGCUCUCACUUCUGGACGAGGAGAGUCGCUUCCCACAGGCCACCGACCAGACACUCGUAGACAAAUUCGACGAUAACCUCAAGACAAAAAGCUUCUGGAGACCAAAGAGGGUCGACCUUGGCUUUGGCAUCCACCACUACGCUGGAAAGGUGAUCUACAACGCCGCAGGCUUCUUAGCCAAGAACAGAGACAUGCUCCCAGCCGACAUCAUCCUGCUGCUGAGGUCGUCAGAGAACGAGCUCACUCGUAAACUGGUCACCCAUCCCCUCACCAAAACUGGCAACCUUGCCCACACCAAGGGUAAAGGCAUAAACACCUUGCGGACGCCGUCACGCACCAUCACCUUCGCCAAGAUGGGAGUGCUGACCUUGUACAGUUCUUUUUCUUUCACUGAGCCGGGUGAUCCUGGAGACACGCCGUACCAUCCAAGAGAAACCACCAACAUGAGAACGCAGACAGUGGCGUCCUACUUCAGAUACUCGCUGAUGGAUCUGCUGUCCAAGAUGGUGGCCGGGCAGCCUCACUUCGUCCGCUGUAUCAAACCAAACAACGACCGCCACGCCAACAAGUUUGACCGGGAGAAGGUUCUGGUUCAGCUGCGAUACACCGGAGUCCUGGAGACGGCAAAGAUCAGACGACAGGGCUACUCCCACCGCAUCCUGUUUGCUAACUUCAUUAAGAGGUAUUACAUUUUGGCUUUCCAUGCUCACGAGGAGCCAGACGUCACUCCAGAAACAUGUGCUGCAAUACUGGAGAAAGCCAAGCUGGAGAACUCGGCGAUGGGGAAGACAAAGGUGUUCCUUAAGUACUACCACGUUGAACAUCUGAACCUGAUGGUGCAGCAGGCCACACAGCGGAUUGUCCUGCUGCAGGCGUACGUCAGAGGCUGGCUGGGGGCAAAGCGAUACCGACGGAUAUUAAAAGAGCGACAACAGAGUGCUCUGGUGCUGCAGUCAGCUUACAGAGGUCAUAAAGCUCGGAAGAAGGUGAAUGACGACAAAAGCAAGGCAAAGUUUGAGGCCGUCAUUAUUCAGUUUCAGGCUGUCUGCAGGGGCUACCUUGCAAAAAAGAAAUACAAGGAGUUGGUGGAUGAGAAGAACAAUGCCGCAACCAAGAUCCAGGCCCGCUUCAGAGGGCACAAGGAGAGGAAGAAUUUCAAAGGAAAAAGGGAAGCCAAAGAGAAAGAAAAAGCAGAGAAGGCCGUCAAAGAAAAAGAGCAAGCGACUCCCGCACCAGAGAAGACCCCGGAUGAAGCAGAUUCCCCGACUUCAAGCGGUGAAGCAAACAACGAGGAAGAGGAAACCAAGGCUGCCGUGGUUCUCCAGAGUAACUUCAGGGGCUACAAAGAGAGAAAAAAGUUUAAGGAAAGAAAAAAGGCAGAGACUGAAUCAGAGGUUCAGCAGAAUGCAGUGAUGGAAACUCAAGUUGAGACAGAACCUACAAGCAAUGACGAGAGCGGGGAAAAGACAGCCGAUAACAAAGAGGAGAACGAUGAAGAUGAGAGCACAUAUGAAGCAGAGGAGAAUUUCGACAGCGAUGACACAGAGGUGCCAGAUGAUGAAGGACACACGGAAGUGGACGAAGACGCACCGAUCGAGGACGCAGUGGCGGCAGAUGUCUGGCAAGAAGAGCAGGAGAACAAGUUGCAGAAUGGACAGGAAGAGUCGGUCACCAUAGAAGAAGAAACCAAGGCCGCCACUGUUCUGCAGAGUAACUUCAGAGGUCACAAAGAGAGGAAGAGGCUGCAGGAAGAAGGGAAGAUCCCUGCUAAGAAUCAGAAAGCGAAAAGUCCUGAGAGAGAAGCCGUUUCUUCAAGUGAUGUCAAAACAGAAGACCAAGACGAAGCCAAAGCAGCAGUGGUACUCCAGAGCAACUUCAGAGGCCACAAGGAGCGCAAACGACUCGAGGAGGAAGGAAAGAUCCCCAAAAAGAGGAAGAAGGAGGUACAAAAAUCAGUGCCAGAAGCAGCACCUGAGGAGGAGAAAGCUGCGACCGUCCUGCAGAGUAACUUCAGGGGCCAUCGAGAGCGAAAAAAAAUGAAAGCAGAGAGAGAAGCUAAACAUAAAGCGAAGGAAGAAGUUGAUUACGACAUGGCAGAGGAGGCAACGGAGGACACUGUGGAUAUAUCUGAUGUGGUGAUCGAACGCAAAGACGAGACGGAUGCUGAAAAGGAAAGGCUCGAGGAAGAGCAGGCCGCAGUGAAGAUCCAGAGCAACUUCCGAGGUUAUAAAGACAGAAAGAACCUGAAGGCCAACAAGCAAUCAGCAACGAAAGAAGCUGCUCAGCUAGACAGCUUCUCCACAGAGAUCACAAAGGUUUCCCAGGACUUCGUGGCCCUGCAGCACAAGUUGAAUGAAAUCAUCGAGGCCCAUCAAUCGAACCCCGAGAAGAACGGCAUGUUUGUGAGAGGGAAAACAAUGAACGGCCAUGCUAACCAGAACAACCAAUCGACUGAUAAGAGAAUGUCUCGGACCCCCCGCAGGACCCAGCAGCCAAAAACCCUCAACACCCCAGAGGACUCCACCUAUUACAACUUAAUCCAUCGGUCUGUCCAGGACGAUAAACGAAAGCCCAGGAAAGAGGAUCCGGGGAAGCUGCUGGAUGUGGACGACCAGUACUACAGAGAACUGUCCACCAGCAGGUCUGAGCCGUCCCUCCCCACAGAGUACGCGUCCCCCAGCACCACGCCAGAGAGACGGAUGUCCGUAGAGAGGAGAAAGUCAAUGGACAGGAGGAGGUCCAUGGACAGGAGACAUUCUUCUGUAGCCGGCAGGCAGCCCCGAGAGCGUGCCGUCACCGAACCACGACCUCCGAAGCGUGCAAAUGACAACAGGCGCUCUGUUCCCAGAAUGACCUCCACCGAGAGUCAUGCUGAGGAGAACCCGUACGACUUCAGACACCUACUGAGGAAGACCUCCCAGAGACGAAGGCUCAUCAAACACUACUGAACACAUGACCCAACUUUUUUUUAAGCCGUUUGGCACACAGUCCGUCCAGAUCUGUAUAUUUAUGAGUAUGUAUUUAGCUAAUGAAUAGAACGUCUGACUGCUUGAUCAUCCAUCACCACCAGUCUUAUUCAUCUACAUGCAGCUUAGACAGGAUGACGCUUUAUGUAAAUAAUAAACACCUUUAACACUGGCUGUAAAUGAAGGUUUUAUUUAUGUAGCUUGUAAAGUAGACUAUGCUCAUUUUGCUGCAUCGGUUUCCGGCUGGGUUUGAAUUCAUCCAUAAACAUUUCAACAUGAAACAAAAUUGUGUAAAAUAUCUAUAGAUCAUGUAAAUAAAAAAAAGCCAUGCUCUUACACAUGAA